AUGACGGGGCCGUGGGCGGGCGCGCUUCUUCCUCUCGCGGCCGCCGUCGCGGUGGUGCUGUCGUACUGCUGCUGCCACGGCGCGUCCGCGGCGGCGGCGUCGUCGUUCGGGGACAACUUCGAGAUCACGGGCGCCGAGGACCACGUCAAGACCUCCGCCGACGGGCAGACAUGGUACCUCUACCUCGACAACAAGACAGGCGUCGGGUUCCAGACGAAGCAGCGCUACCUCUUCGGCUGGUUCAGCAUGAAGCUCAAGCUGGUGGGCAACGACUCCGCGGGCGUCGUCACCGCCUACUACAUGUGCUCCGACGUGGACGCGGCGCCCCUGCGCGACGAGCUGGACUUCGAGUUCCUGGGCAACCGCAGCGGGGAGCCCUACAUCAUCCAGACCAACGUGUACCACAACGGCGUCGGCGGCCGGGAGAUGCGCCACUCGCUCUGGUUCGACCCCACCGCCGACUUCCACACCUACGCCAUCCUCUGGAACCCCAAGCACAUCGUGUUCUUCGUGGACAAGGUGGCGAUCCGGGUGUACCCGAACGACGCGUCCAAGCCGGGGGGCGGCAGCAGCAACGGCUUCUUCCCGAUCUCCAAGGCGAUGUACAUCUUCUCCAGCAUCUGGAACGCGGACGACUGGGCGACGCGCGGCGGGCUGGAGAAGACGGACUGGUCCAGGGCGCCCUUCGUGUCGUCGUACCGCGACUUCGCCGCCGACGCCUGCGCCUGGCCGGCGGACGCCGGGUCGCCGCCGGCGUGCGCCGCGGCCACGGGGGACAGCUGGUGGGACCAGCCCCCCGCGUGGGCGCUGGACGCCGGGCAACGCCUGGACAACGCCUGGGUGGCAAGGAACCUCCUCAUCUACGACUACUGCGACGACCGCAAGCGCUUCCCGACGCCGCCCGAGGAGUGCGCGCUCCGGGCCGCCGCCACCGCCUCGUGA